AUGCCAACUCCAAAAUCGACUUUCUCGAUUCUGCCCGGCGUCGUCGAGAAGAAACUGAGGGCUGCCUUUUGCGAGGAAGGCAAUGUCGAUGAGAACGGAGUGCCAGCGUUCGUUGGGGCCGUGUUGAUCCCCAUCUCCCAACUACGUUUGUCACACCAGCAAAGUGGGGAGCCCGAACCAGGCCUAGGAGACCAACGCCCCUUCAACGUAAGCGACGACGCGCCCCACCAUCGAACAUGA